AUGACGGUACACGAUGAUGACCUUGAACGGCGCCGAUACAAGGCGCCGUACAGCACACAUCGACCUAUACCAACCAUACAAAAGUAUCAACAAGAGAAGGAAAAGCGUCAAGCAAAUGCUGCCGGUGGAGCCCCACCACCGAAAGGACAAGAAGAUGAGCAGGAAGAUCGAGACAGCGCAAAUCGAUACCUAUACUCGAGAGAGCAUAGCAAUGCCGGAUCCGACAACUCAGAUCUCGACAAGCCGGCGCACGAGAAUAAGGACCACACCCAACACCUCAAANAGAAGCUGGUCGGUGGUGGUGCACACGACUCUGCCGACUUGAUGAAUGACACGUCCGAAGCUCCUGUUCAAGACCAAGACCCCAAGACACGACGCAAAGCUAUAGGCAAGAGCAAACGCAAAGGCGAGCGUGCCUAUCGAGAGGUUACCGACCCCGUUACCCACCUUCCUGUGCGCAUACACGACUUGCAGCCUGGAGACUUGAAAAGAGUCCCCGAGAAUCUAGGGCCACCGGGCUCUGAGUCUAGAUCGGCCACUGGCUUGGCCAACAAGAGGAAGAGCCAGGACAUGCUGGCAGAUGAGACGCAAGAGAUUGGAAGACACCAUGCUGCACUCGAGAACCUGUUCCCACCGCCGGAGUUCGACGACAUCAGGAGUCGCAUGAACAAGAUUCAAAGGCUAGGAAUAACGAUUGGUGUGGUAGCUGUCUUUUCUGCUGUUGGUCUCUACAGGACUUUCGCUGCCUUUCUCUUUGGUCGCAACGACGCCCCCGCUGGUGUGUCUUGGGGUUUCCUUUGGCCAUAUCUCUCGAACGGCUUCGCCACCAUCAUGAUGGUUGCCUUUGCCGUUGCUGUCUUAUACUGGGUUCAACUCUGGACCGAUAGGCAAGUUCACAGAUUAUGGGAGGAGGAAAUCUGGCACGCCGACAAGCAUUCUGCGAAAAGUCAAGAUGGCAAGGAGGAAACGACUCAGUGGCUCAAUAACAUGCUCACAUCGCUGUGGCCACUCGUUAACCCGGACUUGUUCAUCUCUCUGGCGGAUACGCUCGAGGACGUCAUGCAGGCUUCGCUCCCUUCGGUUGUCCGCAUGGUCAGUAUCGAGGAUCUUGGUCAGGGUAGCGAGUCGAUGCGUAUCUUGGGUGUCAGAUGGCUUCCUACAGGCGCUGCAGCACGUUCAGUUGGCGCUGAUGGCGAGCUCGCCCCUGAAGCUUCAGAAGGACACAAUGACCGCGAUGUACCUGGCCAGUGGCAGGUCGAUGGAAAUGCAUCACCCGACCAGGACCAGGAUCUGGACCACACUCAGGGCCCCAAAAAGAAAAAUAGCCAGGAAGAGGCAGACGACAAGCAAAUCGCCGAAGGCAUGGAGGCUGAAGAGGGUGACUUUAUCAACCUUGAAAUCGCUUUUGCUUACAGAACUCGCUCUACCUCGAAGAAAUUCAAGGACAGGGCGAAGCACGCUCACCUGUAUAUUUCGUUCUACCUUCCUGGUAACAUCAAGAUUCCGGUAUAUGUCGACCUGAGAGGCUUUGUUGGCAUUAUGCGUUGCAGACUACAGCUCACCCCGGAUCCACCUUUCUUUGCUCUAUGCACCUUUACUCUUCUUGGACAACCCAACGUCGAUGUUGCUUGCACCCCGCUAACAAGGAAGGGCCUGAACAUCAUGAAUCUGCCAGUCAUAUCUCAUUUCGUUCAGACCGCUGUUGACGCAGCCGUGGCCGAGUAUGUCGCACCCAAAAGCAUGACCAUUAAUCUCCAAGACAUGAUCGCUGGCGAAGACUUCAAGAAGGACACUACAGCAAAAGGCGUUAUAAUCGCCAAGAUCAAGCGUGCCUUUGAUUUCAAGGAAGGAGACCCUGCUGUUCCACUGAUCAGAGAAGGCUCGGCCGAUCCAUAUGUGACUGUAGGCUGGGCCAAGUUCGUCAAGCCACUAUGGUCGACUCGUGUCAUCCUAUCCGAGAUGAAUCCUCAUUGGGAAGAGACUGCGUUCAUUCUGGUCACUGCUGACGAGUUGAACGUAGACGAAAGACUUCGUGUGCAACUCUGGGACUCUGAUCGCUUUACUGCAGACGAUGAUCUUGGUCGUAUAGAGAUGGAUCUGAAGCAACUCAUCCAUAACAAAGAAACAAGAGGCAGAAUGUCUGAUCGUGUCGAUGGAUUCAAGGCUCUACACGCUGGCGAGGGUCUCCCGGGCAAACUCGAAUGGAGUGUUGGCUACUUCCCGAAGUCUCACAUCAUUGACGAGCAACUGAAACGUCAGACCGAGGAGCCGGAGAUUCGCUCCAGAGAUGCCUUGGAGAAGAUGGUCGAAGAGUCUGCGAAUCGUAAGCUGCGCGAGGCCAAGAAGGAUGAAAGCAGAGAAACAGAGCAACUUAAACUACAGCAAUACAAGGAAGUGGAAGACUCGAUGAUCAUUUCCGCACCACCACUUCACGACUUACCCAGCGGUAUACUAGCCAUUCAGAUCCACGAGGCUACUGGACUGGAAGUACGUGCUCACCACAAUGCCGCUCGUUACAACGAUGAGCCGGAGCCAAGCGGUUAUGAAGAGCAGGGCGAUGAACUUCCAUCGUGUUACUGCAACAUCAUCCUCAACCACCAANAAAUCUAUCGCACACGCGUAAAACCCAAGAAUGCGAAGCCUUUCUUCAAUGCAGGCACUGAGCGCUUCGUUCGUGACUGGAGGACUGCCGAGGUCUAUAUUUCUGUACGAGAUGCUCGUGUGCACGAGGAUGAUCCUGUCAUGGGCAUCGUGCGUCUACCAUUGGUUGACAUCUUAAAGAAACGCUCCCAAGUCAAUGGCAGCUAUCCUCUGUAUGGUGGUGUAGGCUACGGUCGCAUUCGCGUCAGCAUGGUGUUCCGCUCUAUAGAGAGCCAAUUGCCCAAGGAACUGCUGGGUUGGGACUGGGGCACCCUUAUCGUCGAUCCGCGUAUCACCUCCGGCCCAAACUUCCCCUCUGACCUUCAAGGCUGUCGUAUCAAGAUACAAACUGCUAUCACUGUCGGACACAUGAAAGCUCAANAAGACGAACACGCGUGGGCAAGCCGACACAACAACGGGAUUCAUCUCGGUGUACGUCGCCGCUAUGCCAGCUGCCUGAUAAUCCAGUUCCGCAAAGACACUUCUUUACGUGACAAGACUGCCGCUUUCGCCGUUCUCUGGCUCUGUGAAAUCCCGGACAACGAAGAUAUAUCUCUCACCCUGCCGGUCUGGAAAGGAGAUCUCAAGCGCGCCACAACCUGCAAACUCGACUCGUACGGCGACAGAGUGGGUGAGGUAAACCUCAAGCUCAAGUUCUGCAGAGGAUUGAGCAGGUACCACAAGCGCCUUGCCAAACACGACAAACAUCUUAGUGAUGUCUUCGAAAUUGUCGAGACCGCGAGAUUCCAGAUGGCAAACAACGAACAAGAUGACACCUCCGCUGUCAAGAACAGAGGCACCCGCGACGACAAGAAACUCACAGAUGCCACAGGCGCCAAUAAUGGCAGUCGUCCUCACGCCGAAGGCGACAGCAGCAACGAAGAAUCCGCCGACUCUUCUUCCUCCGACUCCGACUCUUCCUCAGACACCGAAGGCGAAAACAUGGGCUCCCGCAUCAAGAGAAAGCUGUCCCAGACCCGACACCGCAGUAUCUCCAAAUUGACCACCGGUACCGAUGACGACAAGGCCGAACGCUCAUCCACAGGCAACAGAAACGUGCUCGACUCGUAUCACGAGUACAGGGAACACAGCAAACAAAUCAACAGGCGCCAUCGAGGCGUCAUGCAGUUCAAGAGCGCGAGGACAAUGUGGUGGAUGAAGCACAAAGCCGAACAUCUCCAAGACCGCAUCAGUGGGAUAUUCGAGCAUCAUGAGCGGGCUACAGGGAUUGAGAGUGAAGCGUAG